CCAGUUUCUUAGCUUGAAGCGUCGGAGUUCAGUACCCUGACCUCCCUCCGCCGCUUCCUUCCGCGCGUAUUCCAGCUCUGUCUGUUCUCCCUCUGCUCCCUUCCUGUCGCGUCUCUCCUCUCUCUCCUCUCUCUUCUCUCUCUCUUCUCUAUUCUCGAUAACACCCGAGCGCUCCUUUCUCGUCGCUCUUUUUCGCCUCGGUUUUCCUCGUCUGUCUCCCCUUUCCUCUUGUCCCCGUUUCUUCUUUUUCCCCUCUCACUCUGCCCUUUACAUCUCGCCCAAAUGCUCCCUUGUCCUAUUUCCUCUUCAUUCUUGGAAAACCUUUUUAUCUCUUGUUUUGCUCUCGCUCUACCGUGAGGCGCAGGUUGGCGCUGCGUCGCGCUCGUGUCUCGUAGACCCCCGCGCUUCCCCGUCGAGCGCCAGCUGCAGCAAGCGCAGCACAGCAAACGAAUCUCGGAGAAAAGAAGCCGUUCUUUCUCGGUGUGUUUGCGUCUCUGCCUUUUUUCCAAGUCUUUUCCCGAAACGACUUUGUCCCCCCGCCUUUUUUCUUCUCCUCGCGUUUGCCUCUGCCCUCCCGCGAAGACACAGCAUGCAGUCGGGUGUGUGAGUGUUCGUCCUGAAGACGAAAACCACGAGGAAAGGAAAAAGAACGGACAUUUUCUCGCUUUUUUGUCGGUCUUUCCACCUCCUCUCCGUCUUUCUUCUUCUUUUCCACCGUUCUCACCACAAUCCCCCGGUGCAAGUCGCUCUGCACACAAUACACUUACACCGCUGCUGCCGGCUUCGACGCCCCUGUCUCCCUUUCUCUGCUUCUUCUCCUUUCCUGCGCGCUGUCAUCUGUGCUUUCUGGAGCAGAACAGUUCUUUUUUGAUUGAAGCUUCGCACAUGAUGAGUCUCCUUUGCCGCCGCCUCGCCUCACAGCUUAUCUCUCUCAUUGCUCGCAAGCUCCCUUCGACGCGCCCUCUCCCCUGUCCUCGGAGCUCCCUUUUCUCUUUCUUCUCCGCGCUUCUCUCCGCGCUUCUCUCCGUGUUUUCCUCUUCUCUUUACCUGUCGGCUUUCUCGUUCUGACCUUCCCCCCUCUCUUCUCCCCCCCUCCUCUGUCUUCUUCCUCCCUCCUCUGUCUUCUUCCUCUCUCCUCUGUCUUCUUCCUCCCUGCUCUGUCUUCUCCUGUUCUCGUCUUCAGCUUCUUUUUUCUCUCCUUCUCCCUCUCAUACCCCUCAUCCUCCUCGGCUCCUGUCCUUCAGUUAUCUUCGUCCUCCCUUUCCUUUUAAUUCCUUUUCUUCUUUCUUGUCCGUUCUCUUCUUCUCCUCUGGAGAGACUGGGGUGCGAGCUUGCGAGGAGCUUGGAGCUUCUUUGACAGGAACCGUUGCCCUGUCUUUUCUCCGCGUUCCUUCGUUGCUCUUUUUUCUUUGACAGGAACCGUUGCCCUGUCUUUUCUCCGCGUUCCUUCGUCGCUCUUUUUUCUUUGACAGGAACCGUUGCCCUGUCUUUUCUCCGCGUUCCUUCGUCGCUCUUUUUUCUUUGACAGGAACCGUUGCCCUGUCUUUUCUCCGCGUCUCUUCGUCACUCUUUCUUCUUUGACAGGAACCGUUGCCCUGUCUUUUCUCCGCGUUCUUCGUCUUCUCUGUCCUGAGUCUCUCACUGGUUUCCCUCGGCUUGGUGGCAUCGCAAAACGCAGCCGACCUCGUCCUCCCUUUUUCUUCUUCGCACUCUGCUCCCCAGUCACAGCGUUUGCAUGCGUCGGCAACUGCCUCCUCCCUUCUCAGUUCUUCCUUUCUCUCUCCCUCUCUCUCGACUUCGUUUUCUCCAUUCUUGACCCUUUUCUUCCGGAUUUCGUCUCCUCUCUGAUGCUCGAGUGCCGGCUCGGACUGGCCGUUCUUUCCCCCGUUGUCUUUUCCGCGUCGGCGGCCAUUCCUCCUCGACUUUUCUCCCCCGCUUCCCUCUCUCCAAGAUGGCCGCCUUCUCUCCCCAGCUCCAGCGCAGACCCUCUGCACCAGCUUCUUCUUCCCCUUCUUCCUCUCCUUCUCCCUGUUCGACGCCGGGGUGUGAAGGCACCUGCAUGCGUUGCUCUCCUUCUUUAAGCCAAGUUCUGAAUUUGCGCUUCUCCGACGGAUCUUUUCUCCUCUCUCAUCUCCACAGUCUCCUGCGGCAUCGCCUCCACCUCGCUUCCCGUGGAUUUCUCCACAGUCCUCUGCCUCUGUCUCUCCUCGUUGCCUCGUCUUCUUCCUCUUUUUCUUCCUCCGCGCCUUCCUCUUCGUCUGCCUCUUCUUAUGCUGCCUCCUCGGCUCUACCUCCGUCGCUCAGCCGCCUGGAAGCUUCCCUGGAGUCGACUGCCUCUCCGCUGCAGCGGUGGCGGAAGCAGGCGACGCAUGCGUCGCCACGAAAGGAGACAGGAAGGGAGACAGGGACGGAGACACCUCGUCGCGAGGAGCCUCCGCCCCCGCACUCGGUGGAGGCGGUGGCGCUGGAGUUGUCGAGGAAGUUGAGUUGUUGCCUGCAGUUGAAGGAGAAGACGAGUGUGUUGCUUCUAGGUCCUCCUGGGUCUGGAAAAACGACUGCUCUCGAGCUCGCUCUCAACACCGUGCAGCGUCUCGCGCGAGAGCAGCGCGAGCAGCAGGCGUCUCUCCACUUCAAGCAUGAAAACAGAGACGACCUCAAGAGCAAGAAAGCGGAGACAAAGGACAAGGAUGCCUCUGCUUCUUCCUCCGACUAUGCGUCCUCCUGUGUCUCCUCCCCUCUUCGUCCUGCGCGUCCGUCCUCUCUCUCUUCUCUCCCAUCUUCUCCGCCGUCUCUUCUCUCUUCUGGUCUCUCUUCUUCUUCUCUGUCUUCUUCUCCCCCUGCUCUUCUCUCUUCGUCUCCGCCGUCUCUCCUCUCUUCUUCGUCGCCUGCGUCUCUCGCCCCUGCAGCGCUGCUUCCCGACCUGUUAGUGGUACGGCUGUCUUGUCCGCUGUACAGAGACGACGCGUCGCUGCUGCAUGCGAUUGUCUCCCAACUGGGGAGGGACUUGCGCUGCCAAAAAACUCCUGCUGCCUCUGCGUCCGUCGAGGAGCUCUCUCACACGCUUCGGCUUAUACUCGAAGACAGCUGCUCGCUGUUCGGGCGCGCCGUGGUGAUCGUCCUGGACCGCUUCGAGCGCUGCUGUCUUGACGCCUCAGGGGAACGGAGGAGACAGCAGCUGCUGUACAACCUCUUUGACCUGCAACACAGUAGCGACCUGCAGAUUUGCACUGUGUGUGUCUCUGCCGUUCUGGACAUCACGCAACAUAUGGAGAAGCGCAUUCGCAGUCGCUUCUCGCUGCAGACGCUGUACGUCGCGGGGCCUUCCUCGCUGCCGCGGUUCACAGCCUUUCUCCGGAGAAACCUUCUCCGCGUCUCGAGUCCUCUUCUGCUCCGCACUGCCGUGGAGUCGGCUCGGCGAGAGACCAGCUUCUGCGCAGCUCUGGCGGGGGCGGCGCGCGCGAGAGAAGAAGAGGUCCGAGAGCGAGAGGCAUGGCGAGGGAAGAGGCGGAAGGGUGUGGAGACGCGAGCGGCCGAGGAGGAGGCGGCGCUCGCUCUCCUUCUCGAGCCGGCAUGGACGCCGACUGCAGAAGACCUCUGGCGCGCAGAAGUCUUCGCGCGCGCCUUCGCGGCCGCGCUUGAGGAAGAGUUCACCUCUCACAGGUUCAGGGAGACGUUUUUCAGGAACUUCGCUCUGGGUCGCAGCGCGCGUUGCUUCUUCUCCGAGAUCAUCGACGCGAUUUUGUCUCUUUCUGUGACUUGCGAACUCUUCGAGUCGGACAAGAAACUGACUCUCAGUCCGACUCUCAGUCCGACUCUUAGUCCGGUUCUCAGCCCGACUCUCAGUCCGGCUCUCAGUCGGAUCCCUCGUUCGUGUGGAGAGGGUCUCUCCCCGCUUUCUGCGCGGUCCUUCGCACUCUCGCCUCGGCGCGACUCCCAGCGCGCUCGAGAUUCGUUUUCUCCACGUUCCCCGCGAACCUCGUCACUCCAGGGAGAAGAGAACCAGGUGCCUGAGAACCGCAGUCGAUCCACCGAGGAGUUCGUGGACGGAGACAUUCGAGACGGCGGAGCGCGACGACCGGACGCGAGCUCGCUGGCAGACCAGGGAUGUCCGCGGUCGUUCGUCUCUCCUCUUUCUGUGUGUUGCCCCGAGCAGCCAGCGACUCCGGGAAGGAGAGAGGAAGCAACGAGUCGGCGAUCCGCCGAAGACGACCAGACACAGUUUGCGCGCCUGUGCGGCGGACUGCUCCGAGAGAAGAAGACUUUCAGUGUUUUCCCGGAGCUGAGUCUGGUGGAACAUCUCGUCCUCGGAGCCAUGACGCGACUGCAUGCGCGCCGAAGAGCCCCGAAAACGUUCCAUGCUGUCGUCGAGCAAGUCGCGCUUCUCUACGCCGACCUCGACGUCAAGCUGCAGCAUCCAAGUGCAGAAAGUUUGCGUCGCGCGUUUCUGCGUUUAGUCGACCUGGGAGUCCUCCAGCUGUGUAGUUACGCCCUGCAGACAGUCGGUCUGACGGGCGUCGCCUCAGAUCCGUUCGGAACUUACGUUCCCUGUAAAUUUCCAGAGCAUGCAGCGUACAAGAAGACUCUUGAGACUUUGCGAGUUCCGGGAGCGAUGAAAGAAUGGGUGCGAGCAGUCGAGUUCCGCGAUUUGUGACUUUGAGGUUUUUCCGUUGCCUCUCUUCGUCUUCUUUGAUCUCUGUGGUCCGCGUUUUCGAAGCGAAAUCAGAUCUCUCAACGAGAAGCGAACUCCACGUUUCGCCCCCCACUAAGUCGCCUGCAGACUUCCCGAGCCGGAGCCUCCAACUGCAUGCGAAAGAAACCGGAGCGCAGGCGCAUGUGCAUGCACUGCGUGUAUGCCGUCUGCUGCCGGCUGCGGCGGUUCCACGGAUCUCGAGGAGUUGGGUCUUUCACACCCUUUCGUCGUGUCAUCAGCCCCCGCUUGUCAACUGCUGUUUUCUGUCGGUUUUCUGUCGGUUUUCUGGAGCUGCGUCUCUCGUGUCAUCAGUUCGAACGAACGCAAGAGAGACAGUUUUGUACAGUUUUGCGUUGAAUCUGAGAACUCGCUGUUUUCGCUGCAAGGCAAGGUGCAGAAAGGACCGAGAAACUCCGCGGCUGCGCCUGGCCAGCGACUCGGCACUGCUGACGCUGUCCGUCGGGUGUAUGUACACCGCGGAGUCGAGACUCCAGUUGUUGGCUGUUUUCGCGCUUCUGACCGGGAAGGUCAUUUCUGCUCUUCAGGUAGCAAUCCGGCAUUUUCGAGAGUCGCUUGAGAUCGAACGAAUCAACAGUGUGUGAGAAUACAGGCUGUUUGAUGGAUCGUUUCGAACGUCCAAAAACACAGAACGCGAGAGUCGAAAAGAAGUAUAGAACAGCGUGGUUUGAAUCUCAGAACUGCACCUCUCUUUCCUCUCUUCGACCGUAGUUUCUACAUCCUUUCUGCUUGCUGAGUUUCCACCUCGAGCUACAGGUGUGUGAGGCGAGCCAGUCGCCUUUUCCAGUGACUUGCCCUGCAAGGACGCGAGUUUCCUGCGAUGGACAAAAGCAUGAAAAAGAUUCUCGCGCAUUAGAGGAGAGGGUGAUCUCGAAUGCACCAGCCAAGUUCUGGCCUUUCAUCACAUUUCUUUGCCAGGAGAGAAGGUGGAUAGUUCUGAGCUGCGCAAGUCUUCUCAGGAAGUUCUUGUUUCCUCGCUGGCGGUUGACGUGUAUGCGGCGUUCCGCGUUGUUUUUUUUCGCACUCGCAGAAAACCGUUUUCCCUGCGCAAAAAGAUUUGCGUCUCCUGACUUGAAUGCUUUAUUCGCACAAAGGAGAAUAGAAGGUCUUUGCGCGCCUCAGUGCGUCCUUUCGCGCGUUCUCUCACGGCUUCUUUCUCCAGUGAAGAGUGUGCGGUUUGGUUGGCAGGCCAGUUGGUCUUUGAAAGAAGCCGACGGGAGAUUUCUCCUGAACCUUAGUGGACUUUUGUCGUUUCAUGGAACAUCCUUUGUUCAUCUUCUUGGUGGACUGGACGCUCGGCCGGACUGUUACUGUCGAGAAGUGCAGCCUCGAUUGGCCAUGGAAGAGCGCAGGGCAGUGGGUUUGGGAGCAUCUCUCAGUCCGAAAAAGAGACUUUUUUCUCGACCAAGACGCUCCCGCUCGCUGCUUUCCUGCGCAAAGCUCCCAAGAGCUCGCGGGGAAAAACUCCACGAUUGCAAAAAUCGGGUGGUCGCGUCGAAACAGGAAAUGCAGUGAGGAGAGACGCGCGACUUCAGGAGAGCCGCGCUGCUCUUUCUUUCUCCCAGGUUCGCACUUUUGAA